AUGAAGAAGUUGUGUUGUAUCGGUCUGCCGUUAGCCACAAGGCUCAUCAGUACCUACACGAUGUCGUUAUCUAUACUCAUGAUAAAUUUGCUCAUGAGCAAUUAUUUCUCAAGAGGGACAGAUAAUGAUUUCUUCGAUUGCGUGGACGAUUGGGGUGUGUUCGGCCUGAAUUGGAUGCAGAUUUUACGAAACUUGCAAGUGAAAAAGAAAGCACAAACAGCGGCGGUCUUUCUUCUCGUGUACACAAUAUCGUUUUUACUGGCCAGUGCCUCUCUCGCCCUAGGAUCAAUUUCCAGGAAACCUAAGUGCGCCGUGCCUUGGAUGUAUUUGCAAAUGAUUAGCAUAAUAGAUCAGACUGUGGCGCUGUCUAUUCAUCUGACGCACGAACCACAAUACAAUGUUUACGAUAAAUCAAUGUGGUACAUUCCAGUGUCCACUGUCUAUCUACUGUUGUCCACGUACUUAUGGAUAGUGGUGCAGGCUGCCCGAAGAGAAUGGGCGAUCCAGCAACAGGACUGCACAGAUGAACCACUGACGGAAGUAGCAACAGUGACACAACCGAACAAUAGUAACGGACCAAAGUCGCCAUCCUUCCUCGCGCAGAAUUUCUCGAUGUUCGAAUCACCGAGACCACCGACGGUUUUACCGAAAUAG